UGGUUUCUUUUUUUUAAAUCCGGCGUGCGCGAUUUCUCCAAUUUUCAGCCAAAAAAGUUUUUUUUGCUAUGAAAAACAGUGAAACCAGUGUUCUAAAACUGUAUUAAAUAAUAGAAAUGUUGCUUCGAAUACUCACCAAACGAUUACUUCUCGGUACGCAACCACAGAAAGUGAUUUUCAGCUGCCGACCGGAGCUCCGAAUCGCUACCGCAAACCUUCACACCGGGAGUCCGGUUUGGGUAAAAAAGUUCACCGAAAAUGAAAACGACUACGCUCACGAAAUCGUCCGGCAGACGUCGGGUUCGCAGCUAGGUUUGAAGGGAAAGCUGGAAUGGGUGGAUUUUUGUGAAACUGCCGAUUGGGGGAGCUUGGGGCUGAAGGAAUUAAUGGAUCAGUUCCGUGGGUUAGUGGAUUAUUGUGGAAGAAAUCAGCUUUGCAUUUCGGACCACAAGUUUGAUGGGUUUGUUCAGGGGUUUGUGACGAGAGCUGAUCAAUUAACUGACGAUCAGAUUGAGGAUGCAUUAAGACUUUUACUUGAGCUGGGUCCAACGGAUUCAAUCAACACCCGAAACUAUCUGGAACUGUGGACAAAGUUAGAUGCCGUUUGUCUCAAUCGGGUGACCGAUUGGAAUGCCGAAAAAUUACUGCACAUGGCCGACCUGUGGUAUCCGUUGCGUCUCGUUAAGGUUGGGAAUUUUGUCACAAAAGCUGUUUGGAAAAUAAGCGCUCGUUUGAGGAAACUGAAAAAGGAUCUGCUGGUCAGGACAGUUUUCUACAUAAAUUUAACUAGAGUUCCUCUUGAAAACAUGAUUGACAUCGAGCACAAUCUGCACAAGAACUUUCACGACUUCGAAAUCGAUGACUUGGCUGUGCUGUGUAUGGGAUUCUUCAAAACGGAAACUCCGGUCAGAGGGGCAGAAGUUCUGGAGAGAAUUUAUCAGCUAACUAUUCACCAUGCUGGUGACAUCAAGGACAUUAGCUUAGCUGCAAUUUUAAAGCUGCUGAGGUAUUCUUCGAGGAUUCCUCAAGUUCCUUCGAUGGAACGACUGUUGACUGCCUAUGUAUCACAAAUCCCACGGAUAUCGCAGUUCUGUUGUCUACAUUUGGCACUGCUGGGAAGCGACGUUCAUCUAUGCCAUCAGCCUAGUCUGGAAGCGAUCAUCGAUAGGUUCACAAGAGACGUUCAACUGCUUCGUUUGAAAGACAUGGAACGGAUAGCUUUCGUUGUGGCUCACUUCAACAUGAGCCUUCCGGAUAAAAAAGACAACAAACUCAUGGAAGUAAUUAUAGCAGAACUUCCAAAUCGGAUUAAGGAAAUCACACAAUAUCCCAAAUGCUACAUAUCAUUGCUAAACUUUCUUUCCCUGAAAGACUUCUACAGGGAAGAUCUGAUAACUGCAGCAUUCGCGCCGCGUUUCCUUCAGAUGACAUACAACCGCAAUCUCGGCGGAGCUGGUAGGGAAGUAAUUGCUCUAGAUUCCUAUAUAAGGAUCAAUCUCCGGGAUAAAAACUAUCAAGGCAACUACUUCCCCGCAAAACCAUUUAGAGUUGUUGCCAAACUAACCCAGGACUACGUCCCGAACCCUAACUACCGGGUAACAAAAUCUGACCGAAUGUUGAUGGAAAUCCAGGAUACAUUUAGGAAGCGACAUAAGCACGCGCAUAUUAUCCACCUGUUACCGCACUACCAAAGACCGGAUGUGUUACUUCUCUACGACACCGCCGAGGGAAGCUUCCGGGAUGUGGAGGCACUUUGUCCGCCGCAGUAUUCCGGGGAGAUUCUGUGGAAGGAUGGUUUGCUAGCGGCUGAAGAUGAGCAACGUAGAAAGGAACUACGACUGGUAGCAGUUGUCGCUGGCGGAUGGAAUUGUUACGUUAGGGACGUGAACCGAUUUACCGGUGGCUUCGCGAUGAAACUGAAGCAGCUGCAAAUGAUUGGCUACGAAACCUUGGUGCAUGUUUCUCUAUGGAUUUCCCAACCAAAAACGGAUUCGGUAGAGUGUGUCCAUCACGAGCUUUGAGGAAUAAGUAAAACAGGCGACCAUGCUGGUUUUUUGGAUCAAGCCAAUCCGGUAUGGUCCGACCCGGGUAGUCUCCGGGAGACGGACUCAUCACUACACUUCGCACCGAACUUUAUCGAUCAUAAAAAAAUCGUUAGCCUUUUGGGAUAGUAUCGAGAGCGCAAACAAAACGUCUGACCUAGCCGAAGGCUGAGAGAAAACUCAAUUCUUAUAAAUAUUACGAUAAAAUUAUCUGCAUUUAAUAACUCCUUUUCUUAU